CCCCCACGCCCCUCCGCAAAUCUCGCCAUCUCAUCCCCACCACGACAGCAGCAGCAACACCAAUGGCCGACCCACCCAACGCACCCAACCCGCGCAAGCGUCCAUCGCCACCAGGCAGCACACCGACCAGCACGCAGCCGGACCGCAAGCGAGCCCGCAUCAUCUCGUCGCGCACCAUCAUCACGCAGACCAACCUGCCCGAACUAAAGACCGGCCAGCUCAAUGUCGCCGCCUUCGUCAAGUCGCGGAAGUUCGAGAUCGCGGCGCUGCAGCGGUCCAUGGCCACGGCAAAGACUGCGCUGAAGCAGCGCGCGUUCCAGAGCGUGCCCCGCGAUAUGCGCCGCAGAACCGCAAGCCACAAUUCGAAGCGCGUGCCGAAGAAAUUGAGGGACCGCGCCGAGAAGGAGAUGAAGGAGGAUAAUACUCCUACGCAUACGUUCCGGAAGAGGAAAAAGAGCGGACAUGAUCGGUUGAGGGCGGAGACGGCGGAGAAGCUCAAGACGAUGGCGAAGAAGAGAGAGGUUGUGGAGGGGUUGAUUCACGCGGUGGAGGGGAAGGGAGGGGAGUUGGUGAAGCCCCCGAGGGCGCACUCUAAGUGGAGGAAACGGCAGAAGGGGAAAGUGUGGUUGCCAACGCAUGUGUGGCAUGCGAAGAGGGCGCAUAUGGAGAUCAGAUGGAGGUUUUCGGUGCCCGAGAGCCCGAACGAUAAAUGCUUCAGGAGUACGCAGCGCGCAGUGGAGAAGAGGGGGGGUGUUGCGUGGGAUACGAGUUACUGGAGUCACAUACUCGUGAGGGGUGAGGGGGUGCUGGUGCGGAUGGUGCUGGAGGCGGUGUUUCCUGGUGCUGGGGGGGAUGCGAAGGUGCGCAUGGGGAAGAGGAGUAAGGAGUGCUGGGCCUAUGAGCGAGGUGGAUACCCCGAUAAGCCUAUCGGGCCUGUAACGGUAAUCUGGAGCCCUGCUGAGGAGGAGGGAAAGGGCAGGAGGGUACUGGUCAGGGUCCACCCCUCGGCGUUCUACAAAGUUUGGGAGGAGCUUCUUUGCGCGAUGCGGGCGCAAAACCCUACCGAGGGACUCCAGAAGGUGUUCAUCGACGAUAUGAGGUUCGAAUUGGGAAGCAUCCAGAUCUCUGGGCCCAAUGCUACUGAUGCCCUUCUCUCGAUGCUUACGCCUACCAAUCCAGAUGGUGAAAUCGAAAAGAACUGGAUUAAGCUCAGAGGUCUGACCAACCCCGCUGCUCUUCCACCACAGGUGGCCUUUGGCUUCGAGAUUGCGGAUCCGCGUCUUCGUUUUCCACCCCGCCUGGAGAAAUCGAAACUCUCGCCUGAACAGCAACAGGCAGAGUUGUUCACUAUGCAGUCAACUUGGCCGAUUACUCCGAGACCAUUUAACCUCCUCGAUACGGAGAAGCGGGUGGUUGCUGUGAAGCUACAAGCCUCGGAAAAGCGCAUCCAGAAGCGCAAGACAGAUGCAACACCAGGAACCUUCCCUGCCGCGAUAGCGAACGAUCCAAAGAUCCCGAUCAUCCUCGUGUCUUCACAGCUAGCCGGAAACAACAGCGGAGCACCAAACAAGAUUCCAGGAGCCUGGACUGUGAUCCUCCCCUGGAAAUGGAUGCAGCCCGUCUGGUACGCCCUCAUGCACACCACCGAGCAGAUCCGCUUCGGCGGUAUCAAAGAGCUGCAGCACAUGGCGUUCGACCACGGGCUCCCAUGGUUCCCUGCCGACUUCCCGGGUACAGAUGCCGGCAAGACGUGGGAAGACGAGCUGGCAGCGAAACGGAAGGAGACGUGGGAUAAGAAGCCGCCGCAGAAACGGCUCAAUUACGAUGCUGUCAAGAUAUCCGGGAAGAAAGGAGAAAUUGGUGACUGGAGCCGCUGCGACUGGGCUUACCUUGUUCCCGCGGCAGCCGGUAGCAGCACUCAUAAGAUGGACGUCGACAUCCCCACCACAUCUUCACUCCUCGCGCCAAUUGAUACAAUGGCAACCGUAAGCACCGCACCACAAUCGGAACCCACAGCCCCGCCCCAAAAAUCCUGGUGGCAGAUCCCCUCCGCGCUUGCCACAAUAGCCCUCAAAACCUAUCCCAGCCUCCCCGCGUCCCUCGAUUCUGUCACGGAAGUCCUUGACAAAGGCAUUUUCACUGUAAAAAUCACAUUCCUCCAUCGCGGCGCACCUACUGCGUGUUCCAGAAUCUAUCGUCUCCCACACGCCGACACCACAUGGAAAUCACUUGCCGCCAACAUCAAGGCGAAGAAGGGGGAUAACGUCGUCGAGGCUGGGAAGGAGGGGUACCCGCAGUGUCCUAGCGAAGAGGACCUGGUAGGCUUCGUUACCACUGGGAAUUAUAGUCUGACGACGGGACAAUCGGUGGCUCUUGGUGGGAUUGUGUGGGGCGCGUGGUUUGAGGAUGAGCGUAGUAAGGAAAGACUUUGUGUUGUGAGAGGCGUGGGAGAGACUGUGGGGAGGCUGGCGAGGUGGGAGGUUGUGUAGUUGGGUUGGAGUUUGUUGUGUAUCUAUCAUAUAUAGAGCAAAUGAAAUAUCACGGGUAAUGGACGGAAGGG